AUGAGCAAUAGAAUUGCCGAUCUUGAGCAAACCGUCGAGCAUCUGAAUCUUGGCGCUGCCUCUGCACAGCUUCCAACAUACCCGCAAAGCACGGCUAUUGGUAUGGAAGCUAGUCCAUUUAACGGUAUCCAGUUGCGCCGUGUCGUGUUGCAUCCAGCAGAUAACGACGGAAGAUUGAGGCAGUUCUCUUGGGAGCUAUACGACAUCCUCUGGCAGCACGUUUUGGGCAAUAAUACAUGGGACCACUCGUAUCUUACCACAUUUAAGCAGAAUGUCAUGCCUUUUGCUGACGGACUGGUCGAUUAUAUGCGACAAACGGAAAACGUAGCAGUAACGGCGACAUGGUCUGACUUGACGGACACCCAGCAGCGCAAGGCGAUUGUAUUGCUCGAGGAUGGUGUAGUCAACGAAUACCCAUUGAAAGCCUGUGCUGGAUACUGGGGCGCACGGCUCAUCCUUGUCAGAGCUUUUUUUAAGAAGAAGAUCCCUAGCCAAGCAGGAGGUACGGAAUAA